AGAGCUAUGUUUUGGGACAAGCUAAUCUGCCAGAGAGCUGUGUAAGGAUCGGAGCACAUUGUGUGUGAGAGUGUGCGGGGGAAAGAUAAGGGAGCAGUCCUACGAGCCCGGCUGCUUGUUUUAAUGUGCUGACUCCGGGGAGAUAAAGAAAAAAUAUUGACUCUCCAGUUGUGUGCCGAGACCCCGGGCACAAGCUCCAGAACUGACAGAGGUGUGCAAAGGCGAAAGGGGGGGAAAAAAAAACAACACAAGAAAACAAUAAAGGAUCUUUCUUUUUAAUUUCAGUUUUUUGGUCCUUUUUUUUUGUUCCGUGGGACUGCCUCCCAUUUCUGCAAGAGAGACAAAGAGAGGGGGGGGGGACAGCAAAAAGAAAGGAAAACAAAAGCCUUGGCAACAAGAUGUUUGAGAUCAGCCGAACACUGAAUGCCGCCUUGUUGAGCAAUGAGCACAAAGACAGUCUGCCUGUGUGACAUCAGCAAUGCCAAUGAGUGGGAUCGACAGAGACACAGUGGCGUCAGGCAGAGCUCCCACAGCUGCAGGGCUGGGCAGAGAAGGGAAUGCUGACACAGCCAAAGAUGAUAAUCAGCAACAUGGAGCCUCAGGUCACAAAUGGCCCGACGGCCACCACAGCCAAUGGGCCCUCCAGCAACAGCCGGAGCUGCCCGUCCCCCAUGCAGACUGGCAGCUCCACUGAUGACAGCAAGACCAACCUUAUCGUCAACUACCUGCCCCAGAACAUGACCCAGGAAGAGUUCCGCAGCCUCUUCGGCAGCAUCGGAGAGAUUGAGUCCUGCAAGCUGGUCCGGGACAAGAUCACAGGACAGAGCUUGGGCUAUGGCUUCGUAAACUACAUUGAUCCAAAGGACGCAGAGAAAGCCAUCAACACGUUAAAUGGACUGAGACUUCAAACCAAAACUAUCAAGGUGUCGUAUGCACGGCCCAGCUCGGCCUCAAUCCGAGAUGCUAACCUGUACGUCAGCGGGCUGCCCAAGACCAUGACUCAGAAGGAGCUGGAGCAGCUGUUCUCUCAGUACGGCCGAAUCAUCACCUCCCGCAUCCUGGUGGACCAGGUCACAGGCCCCUCAGGUGCCUCAAGGGGUGUGGGGUUCAUCCGCUUUGAUAAGAGGAUAGAGGCAGAGGAGGCCAUCAAGGGACUCAACGGCCAGAAGCCUUCCGGCGCUGCUGAACCCAUCACCGUGAAGUUCGCCAACAACCCCAGCCAGAAAACCAGCCAGGCCCUACUCUCCCAGCUCUACCAGUCCCCCAACCGGCGGUACCCUGGCCCUCUGCAUCACCAGGCCCAGAGAUUCAGGCUGGACAAUUUGCUUAAUAUGGCCUAUGGCGUAAAGAGGUUCUCUCCCAUCACCAUUGACAGCAUGACCAGCCUAGUGGGAAUGAAUAUUCCUGGACACACAGGCACGGGCUGGUGCAUCUUUGUGUACAACUUGUCUCCAGAUUCAGACGAGAGUGUGCUGUGGCAGCUCUUCGGGCCCUUCGGAGCGGUCAACAACGUCAAGGUGAUCCGCGACUUCAACACCAACAAAUGCAAAGGUUUCGGCUUCGUUACCAUGACGAACUACGACGAGGCGGCCAUGGCCAUCGCCAGUCUCAACGGCUACCGGUUGGGCGACCGUGUCCUGCAAGUCUCCUUCAAAACCAACAAGACCCACAAGUCGUGAACCCCAAAAGCUGCCACACAGCAACUCCAAAACAGGAAAAACGCAAAACAGGACUGGAAAUGGCUUAUAUUAUAACCUUGGACCUAUAAGCCAACGUUGCCUAAGUAUUACCAUAAAAAAGAAAAAAUAAUCAUAAUUUGGAAACCCUGUGAUGUUGCAGGAUUUUUGUCGUCUUUUUUUCCCCCCUGUGUACACAGUAGCAAAGUCGGUCCCCUUAUUUCAACCAUGAGAAUGUCCUUUUCUUAAGAUCUGAUUUGUUGGGAACUUGGGAAUUUUUCUAACCCGGAUCCACUGUCUUUAGAAUAACUGCCUCUCUGAAAGGGGGAGGGAGGGGGCUCUUUAUAAUGCAGUUUAUCAUUCAUUAAUUUCCUUAUUUAAAAAAAAAGUCCGGUGUAAAUUGAAAACCCCACUUUAAGUCAAAGGGAUGACACAAGUCUUGUUUUUCUUUAGCUUUGAUUGAAAGAAAACAAUUUACAUUUUUGUUUUGUAUUGCAAGCAAAAUUACAUGUCUAUCCUUACACGGGGUUGGGAAAAGAUGGGGGAGGGUUGGUUUCACUUUUCCUGAUGACAUACGUAAACAAUUAAAAAAAACACUGUUGCCAAAGAGAAAAUCUCUUUGCUUGAAAAUGGGUUUCGAAAAAAAGAAAAGAGAAAAAAAUCUAUUUUUAUAAAUAAUAAAAAUAAUUAUUGAAGAAUUUUUACAAGAAUCUGGAUUUGAAAAAAGAGAAAAAUAUUUUGACUGGCUAAUUUAGGGGAAAAUAAUAUUGCCACCUUGUCUUGUUCGUUCUGCCGUGGUACUUUUUAGGAUCGAGGUUGUGUGUUUUUUGGAAAACUGGAUCGGCGAUUGUUUUGUAAACGGAAGGUUUUAUCAAGAGAAACAGAUGUAGGCAGGUGAUCUUCAUAACUUUUCAUAGCACGUAAUUAUACAAAGACGUUCUACAAAGGAAAAAAGGGAGGGAUAGAGGUCUUCCUAGACCUACCAGACCCUCACAGCCCAGAGCCCUGAAGCAAGGAGAUGCAUAGUCAGCUCAUUUUCUUUGAGUCAUCAGUCUAUGGGAUAUCAGUAAUAAAUAAAUUUAGAAAAAAACGGUUUGUUUUAAUUCCUUAAAAAUAAAGUUUGAAAUAAACUUCCUUUAGUGAUCAGCGGUAGGUGCUAUAUAACAUGAUUUACAUAUCUUAAAUAUCCAAGUUUGUUGUUCUAUGUGUUGUUUAGAGAAAUCUUUGAUGUUCGCAAUGAAUUGGGCUGCCGUUUUGGUUCAUUUCAAUUGUCGCCCCCCCCUCCGGUAUCGGCUUUUCAUAAUAUUUCGGGAAAGCCGGAUGACCAAAUAGGGGGCUCGUUAGAAUCACUUAACGAGUUUUCUUUGGCUUGCAGACUUUUUUAGGUUACUUGCUGCGUGUGAUGCAUUUGGUCAGAAUCAAAUAAAAAUUAGCUAGUUUUGUUAGUCUAGGUAUUUGUUUCUUCAAAAGAGCUAUUAGAAAAGGUACAACUGUGUCUUUAUUUGUUGUGUGCUAAUAAAUAAUAUAUAGUCUACUUUUGUUCUCCUAUAUAUAUAAGUUGUCACUGUUUUUUCUGUUCAAGCUCGUCUUUAUCAUAUGACAACUUUAUAAAGUGAUUAUUCAGUUACUUAGAAAACUCGUGAGAAAAUCUUGUUUAAUAUGUUGUCACGUCGCUUGUGGAAAUGUUUUGGGUUUAUUUUCCUUACCGCUGCGGAAAGAAACCGAGCAAAGCUUAGAUAACUGUAUUUAUUUAUUGAUUGUUUCAUGAAUUUAUUUAUUUAUCUAUUUAUUUAUUUUUAUGUUGUUGGUGUUUAUGCGUGAUUCUGGUAUGGGGGGAUGUUUAUGAGCUAAAGGGAACAAAAUGACUAAGGGAGAGGCUCUUCCAAUAGUCCAGUGCACUGAAAACUUUUAGUACAUUUGUGCUUUGUACCAAUAUAUCAAAAUUAAAAAGUAAAAAAAAGAUUAAAACAAAAAAAUAAGUCAAAAGGGUUGGUGACACUCUUCCCUAAUUACUAGAAACAGUUACUCGCUAUGCAUAACCUAGUUGAUAGUUAAAUUUGCUAUUGCUUUUUUCUUGUCUUGUUAAAAAAAUCUUUAAAUCUUUUUCAAUAAAGUUUAGUCUUACUAGAAUGUUAACAGUUGUUCUGGUUCAAUAUAACCUGUGAUAAGUUUGUGUAGUUUUGCAAGCCACUCCACACCUCCCUACCACACUACAGAGAGCUUGAAAACAAACUUUUAUGCAAAUAGAUAAUUGUUCACAAAAAUAUGUUCUUGGCAUUCAAAAUGAUAUCCAAUUUAUGCUACCUGUAAGGCUCUGCAGUCCAUUAUGAAUUGCAAACUCACAAUGCUGCUUAAAACCAGUUUCUUUAAAAAGUUAUUUGUAGGGUACUGCGAUCAAGUUAAGCCUUUUUGUCGCAUAAUAUAGAUGCUGUGAAGUAUACAGGACACAGUUCAGAAACUGCUAUCACAUUAGAUGUGUGAAAAAAAAUACUUUUGUCACUCAAGCAAUACUUAUUGUUCUAGUUACAAAGACUUUAUCCAACUGCUUUGUCCAAUUUGAUGUGAAAUUGUCAGUUAUUUGUGAUUAAUGAUUAAUCAGCAGCUGAAUACAGGGUUUGUCAGAGGCAAAGUCUUUGCAACCCCACAUACAAAUACACAAUAUGUGUAUUUUCACACACGGAGAUGGAUGUGUGUCAGUGCUGGGUGUCAACAUUAGCUGCUGUAAACAUCGGCUUCUUUUUACAAAGCAGACCACUUAAUCUUUCAGAACAGUGUUGAUACAGUCGUAAAAGAUCUUCAAUGUUCUCGUGCUUUGCCAAUUACAUUUAAAAACCUAAAGAAACCUCAAGUCUGCUUUGUAUAGUAAUCCCCCGAUCCCUCCUAUUGACCCUGAUUCUCCCUAGGGGACAGGAUCUGUAACAGUCUGCUGUGGUAAUUUCUGCAGGACUCUUAUAUGAUUGACAUCGCAACUUAAUUUGAACAUUUCAUUUUUUUGGACUCACAAAGAACCGUUGAAUGUAAGGUUUACCAUGUAUGAUUACAUGUAAUAUCGCCCCGUUUCAUAUAUUUGUUGGGAAUUAAAACUAGAAUCAUCUUGUUGAAAGAGAUUAGCUGGAGUCCACAGGAAAUGAGCAGAUAAGACCCUCAUUACAAUCAAAGAAACCAAGCAAACAAGAUGAGCCCAAUGGCCUACACUGUUUUUCCACCUUUCUUACGUUGUUGUGUUUCAACUUCAUGCUUGCUCAGCAGCAUAUGUGGAGGAAUUUAUCCUCUGACAUGCAUGUGUGGGCUCUGAUUUUAAAUCGGUAAAGUGGGGCAUUAAAUACUGAUUUGCCACAGAAAGGGAGCUCUGAAAGUUCAGCCAGUCCCAUUCCGCACUCUUUCCUCCCAGUUAAAACUGCAGAGACAAACAGUGCCACCUGCUGACAGAACAAAUUAUCACCUACACCGUAGUGUGGGAGGGAAGGUAGAGGGGGGAAAAAGGCUCUUGUCAUUUUCAUUUUAUUCUGAAAUGUGUUUGUUUAUCUGAGAAUCUAUAAAGUAAAAUAACUUUUAAAAAAAAAGAAAAAAACUUUCACUGGACCACGCCGGUCCAUCCAACUUAAUUUACUCUUAUUAAUCUAAUUACUGCGAUGAAUGACUUCAUGUUAUCCUUGCUAGUUUAGAUCAUUUCUGAAACUGGAAACAAAAGUGAAAAAAUAACUUGCUGUAAAUGUUUUUUUCAUAAAACUGUUGUGUUUGAAUUAUUUGUACUUUUGAAUGUUGGGACAAUAAAAUGAGGUGUUGAGAGUU